UUUUGCCUGACUGUAUUUUUCUCCCUCUUAACCAUCAAAACUCCAUAUUUCCCUUUCAAAAUGUCCUACUUUUAUGGCAGUGGUGGGGGACAAAGGCAACCAAAAUGGAAUUAUCAAACAAAUCUAGAUCCAAAUCUACUGGCCACAGUUCGAGAUGAAAUGCUUCGAAAAGAGGAGGAGUACCGGAAGGAACAACAGCGGAUUGAAGCGGAACAAAAGAAACUAACAAGUUAUCUGACCCAACUUCAAGCCAUGGUUCGAGAUCUGCCUGGGUAGAAAUUCCCCCUUUUUUGUAUUUUUAAAGCUUCCGCUUUAUUUAAAUACGUUUACAAUGACUUGUUUUCUCAUUUGCUUUCCGAUAAAUAAAAAAAGUCUUUAUCAUAAGACAUUAUAUUACAUGAGUACACUUAGCUUGCCAUGAAAAACUUUUUCGAGAAGAAUAUCCUCAAAACCCACUAUAGUCUCUCGUAAAAGUUUCUCGCCAAAGAGAAAUCUUUUGUGUAAAUACGGCUUAAUGUAACGAUUUUAUUCUUUGAUUUAAAGCGCAGUGACCCAUAAUUUGCUUUGAAAUACCUCGGAAAAACGGCAUUGACCUUGUGCUCGUUCACGUCUUGGUCACCUUUUUCGAGUUGGCCUGAUAUGAUUUUAAAGGAAAGCUUAAAUUAAAGAUUCGAUUAACUAAUAACUCUGUUUAAUUGUAUUUAAGGCAUUUUUUGUAAAGUUUUUAAGGCUCUGUAGUAAAGGAGUGCAAUGAAAGGAAAGAAUUUUGAUGACCCGUUUACUCUAAAUGUAAUAAAGUAACCUGUUUUUGCCUUUCAUUUUAGUACAUACAAAAACAAAUUCACUUAUGAUGUACUAUCAGGAAUUGCAACUUGUCUUCUUGAUGGAACAGUAUUUGAGAUUGUAAAGGGACUGGAAGACAUACAGCAACUUACUGAAAGAAACUUACUCAACAAAAGAAUGAAAUUAGUCAAUUCGCAGAAAGGUAGAUCACAAUGUAUAUUUUGGAUCAUAAGAAUUUGUAUUUGAAUUCUAGUAAUUUUUAUUUUGUGCAAUUGUUGGUGGGAAUUGUCAGUUUGUGCAUGGGUGCACCAUAUAACAACUAUUUUAACUGGUGUACCAAUAACUAGCAAUCGGAACACAUACAAUACCCAAGUGACUUUGGCCAAAUCAGUUACCAAUAUUCUGGCUGAAUCCUUUAUUCUUUAUCAGUCUGUUGGAGUGUGAGCAUGAGUGGUCACAUAGCAUCUAAUUAUAUAACCACUUGCUCAGAGCAGCCUUCCGAUAAUAGUAUAGUGUAGUAAAUCUUUGGAUGGUUAACAAGAAUUGUCAUGGAAACCUGACUUAGGAGUAUUGGUGGUACUAAUCUGACUUUUCUCAUAAAAUUGAAUGCAAAAGGUAGCGACAAAAUCAUAAACAUAUAUUACAAUCAUAGAAAUAUUAUUAUUUAAUAGGAUAAAAUGUGUUAAAUUAUUGGUCUGUGUUUGUUAUUUACUUUGAUCCUCAGCUCAGAGGAUGCAGAUGGCCAAGAAACAUAAAGAUGCCAUUCAGCAAUGUGAGCAACGGCCUCAUAAUCUGCCUCUGGUAGAGGCAUCAAAUACGCAAGAAAAGAAAGUAAGCAUUUUGGUGUUAAUCACACUGCUUAAGAUAGCAUUGAAAGUUUUAUUUUCAACCCAUCCCCUAACCUGCAAUCAUGUCCACUAUCAUCACUCCUAUCUUAAAGGGCGUCAAAUACACCCUAGGACCUCCUUCAGCCUCACCUUUGUAUCUUCAUGAAUACUUGAUUGGUAGUGGCCAUCACUGACUGCAACUUUCAGUGAAGUGCAGACUCUAAGGCCUCGUUUCUUACUUGCAGUUCAGCUCCAUGCUACCAUCAAUUAUUUUGGCAACUCUCAAUUUACAGCAGAAACAAAUAAACUGGAGCAAACUCCAUUCUUCUCUUACCAGGUUCCUGAACACCUCUUUAAAUAAAAUAAAUUCUUCUGAUCAGUCUGCAACAUAACUGACAGCAGAAAAAUAUUGCAUAUUUGAUGAUGCCUACAUGUCCAACUCCUUGAUCUGCAUGUUGUUGAAAAUAGUGCUAAAAUUUCUAGGCUUUGGAAGAAAAGUUAGAGGCAGAAGUGCUUCAAGUUGAUCAGAAAGUAGUCCUUGAGUUGGACCAGAUUGUUUGUGACCAACAAGCAACCCUCCAAGUAAGCUAUAUUUUGUGCUUUAAAUUUGUUUUUCAAUUCUAA